AUGCACAAAAACCGUCAUCAUAUAUACCGAUCACGCAGCCACAGUGUCAAUCGCAAAGCAGACGUCGCUAACCAACUGCGCUUGACCGACGCCUUCCUGACCAAGGAAGACUUCGAGGCAUAUCUCUGCUGGGAAUUCCGAAAAGCCAACAGCGAUCAAGACCCGAUCAGCAAUACAAAAGCUUGCACCCACGCCAGCCUCGUGCCAAGCGUUAGCAUUGGAUACACCACCGUCCUCGCGGUGUUGUGGCCCUCCGUCAAUUUCAUCUGCUUCGUCGUGUUCGUCUGCUUUGUGAUGUUCGUCUGCUUCGUCACGUUCUUCUUGUUGAUCAAGGCAUUCGGGUUGGCCCGUCCUGUUGAGCGGUACAAUCACGAUCUGUCCUCCAUUCUCCAGCGAUUCGGCCUCAAUCGCCGCCAUUCGCUCGCUUCGAUCAACAGCAUCGCUGUUGGUCAAGCGAUGCUGCUGCGCACCCUACUCCUUGCUCUGUGCCCGCCACUCCGAUAA